AUGGAAGAAGAUUCUACAGUAUUAAUGCGAAGACAGAAAACUGUUGACUAUGGUAAAAACACACCAGAAUAUGAACAUUAUUUACAUGAAAUUAAAAGAAAGACUUCUGACCCAAGAACACCUAAUAAAUAUAUUAAAACUAGCCGAAGAUCAUGGGACAUGCAGAUUAGACUGUGGAGAAAAGCUUUACACAAAUUUGAUCCUCCUUCAAGGUUUGUACAAAUAUAUUUCAGAUUUUAG